GCGCGCGCCGCCGGGCCGCGCGGGCGCGCCGCUUCUGCUUAAAUAACGGCGGGGGAGGCCGCGGUCGGUCUCAGUCGCCGCCGCCAGCUCUCGUACUUUGUUCUUCCGCCGCUCCGCUGUCCCAUUUCUCUGCCGGUCGCAAUGGAAGAAGAGAUCGCCGCGCUGGUCAUUGACAAUGGCUCCGGCAUGUGCAAAGCGGGUUUUGCUGGGGACGACGCUCCCCGAGCCGUGUUUCCUUCCAUCGUCGGGCGCCCCAGACACCAGGGCGUGAUGGUGGGCAUGGGCCAGAAGGACUCGUACGUGGGCGACGAGGCCCAGAGCAAGCGUGGCAUCCUGACCCUGAAGUACCCCAUUGAGCACGGCAUCGUCACCAACUGGGACGACAUGGAGAAGAUCUGGCACCACACCUUCUACAACGAGCUGCGCGUGGCCCCGGAGGAGCACCCAGUGCUGCUGACCGAGGCCCCCCUGAACCCCAAGGCCAACAGAGAGAAGAUGACUCAGAUUAUGUUUGAGACCUUCAACACUCCGGCCAUGUACGUGGCCAUCCAGGCCGUGCUGUCCCUCUACGCCUCUGGGCGUACCACUGGCAUUGUCAUGGACUCUGGAGACGGGGUCACCCACACGGUGCCCAUCUACGAGGGCUACGCCCUCCCCCACGCCAUCCUGCGUCUGGACCUGGCUGGCCGGGACCUGACCGACUACCUCAUGAAGAUCCUCACCGAGCGAGGCUACAGCUUCACCACCACGGCCGAGCGGGAAAUCGUGCGCGACAUCAAGGAGAAGCUGUGCUACGUCGCCCUGGACUUCGAGCAGGAGAUGGCCACCGCCGCAUCCUCCUCUUCUCUGGAGAAGAGCUACGAGCUGCCCGAUGGCCAGGUCAUCACCAUUGGCAACGAGCGGUUCCGGUGUCCGGAGGCGCUGUUCCAGCCUUCCUUCCUGGGCAUGGAAUCUUGCGGCAUCCACGAGACCACCUUCAACUCCAUCAUGAAGUGUGACGUGGACAUCCGCAAAGACCUGUACGCCAACACGGUGCUGUCGGGCGGCACCACCAUGUACCCAGGCAUUGCCGACAGGAUGCAGAAGGAGAUCACCGCCCUGGCGCCCAGCACCAUGAAGAUCAAGGUGAGUCGAGGGGUUGGUGGCCCUCUGCCUGGCUCGGGAGACCUGACUGGGGGGGGCGCUCUGCGAGCUGAAGCCAUGCCUGGCUGUCUUUGCAGAUCAUCGCACCCCCAGAGCGCAAGUACUCGGUGUGGAUCGGCGGCUCCAUCCUGGCCUCACUGUCCACCUUCCAGCAGAUGUGGAUUAGCAAGCAGGAGUACGACGAGUCGGGCCCCUCCAUCGUCCACCGCAAAUGCUUCUAAACGGACUCAGCAGAUGCGUAGCAUUUGCUGCAUGGGUUAAUUGAGAAUAGAAAUUUGCCCUUGGCAAAUGCACACACCUCAUGCUAGCCUCACGAAACUGGAAUAAGCCUUCGAAAAGAAAUUGUCCUUGAAGCUUGUAUCUGAUAUCAGCACUGGAUUGUAGAACUUGUUGCUGAUUUUGACCUUGUAUUCAAGUUAACUGUUCCCCUUGGUAUUUGUUUAAUACCCUGUACAUAUCUUUGAGUUCAACCUUUAGUACAUGUGGCUUGGUCACUUCGUGGCUGAGGUAAGAACGUGCUUGUGGAAGACAGGUCUGUGGCUUGGUGAGUCUGUGGCCAGCAGCCUCUGAUCUGUGCAGGGUAUUAACGUGUCAGGGCUGAGUGUUCUGGGAUUUCUCUAGAGGCUGGCAAGAACCAGUUGUUCUGUCUUGCAGGUCUGUCAGGGUUGGAAAGUCCAAGCCAUAGGACCCAGUUUCCUUUCUUAGCUGAUGUCUUUUGCCAGAACACCGUGGGCUGUUACUUGCCUUGAGUUGGAAGUGGUUUGCAUUUACACCUGUAAAUGUAUUCAUUCUUUUAAUUUAUGUAAGGUUUUUUUUGUACGCAAUUCUCGAUUCUUUAAAGAGAUGACAACAAAUUUUGGUUUUCUACUGUUACGUGAGAACAUUAGGCCCCAGCAACACGUCAUUGUGUAAGGAAAAAUAAAAGUGCUGCCGUAACCGA